UUUAAUAAUAGUAGCUAAUAUGCAUAAUCCAACGCUAGGGACUUGAUGCUUAUAAAAAGACUAGAGUGUAAAGAAUGCAGUUAGAAAAAUAACAUCCACAAAUCUUUAUUUGAAAUUAUUGAUAAAAGUAAUUCGAUUAUUCGCAUUUUAUAUUAGUUAUACAAAUUCUGAGCAAUAAGAACAGAUUCUAAUUUUAAUGCAACUGUUUUAAGAAGAAUUCAAUUAACUAGAACAGACAAAUAUCCAAUUAGUAUAAGCAGGCUUGUAAAAUUAAUUAAUACAGCUAAAGACAAAACUAGAACAUUGGUUGUUGUUGGCACUGUCACGGAUGAGUAAUUAUUAUGAAUAAAGCAAUUUGAUAGCAUUCGAUUACUAAAUGUUCCAAAGAUCAAUGUUUGUGCAUUAGGAUUUACAGAGACUGCAAGAAAAAGAAUUCUUGUUGCUGGGUAAAGGACAUAACUUUUGAUUAGUUAACAUAAUAAAAUCCAACUGGUGUUAAGGAUAAAUAUGAAUUUUUAGGAACAGGAACAUUUUAUUAAGAGGUCCAAGAGUUAGAGAAACUUUAAAACACUUUGGAGAGCAGCAGGUUUACCAGGAUCCCAUGCCAAACCCUAUGUUAGUAAUACAGCCAAGAAGGGCUCUAAGUGAUUAUCUUUUC